CGGGUUUCGCUUUCGUGCAGGCGGAGUACGAGGUGCGCGGGGGCCGGCGCUUCCAGCCCAGGGGUGCGGGAAGCCCGGGGGACACUCGCCGCCGCCGCGCGCACCCUGGUUCGGGGUCAAGUUUGCAGGUCUCCGCGCUCCACACUUUCAGUCUGGAGGAUUGAGGUGGGAUGGGGGGAGUUCGUUGGGGGGCGCUCUGCGCGGUGCCCACAGCCUUUAACUUGCGGUCGGGGACGGUAACCAUGCGGGGCCCCUAGCCCGCGCGUCCCAGGCUCCCGCCACCACCGCCGCGGCCGCGCGGAGGCGCCCCUGUGGAUUCCGCGUCUGGGCCGCCAGGCCCCGCGGUCCUGCAAGCCGCGCGUCGCGAGAUCCGCGCUUUAAAAACCAAACUCCCUGAGAGGGUCAGCCCCGAAGGAACGGGAUCCAGAAAGACGCAGCUUCUUAAAUUCCCUGUGUCUCUGGUGGUUUGCCUAAACCUGCAAACAUCACCUUCUUAUCCAUCAACAUGAAGAAUGUCCUACAAUGGAAUCCACCAGAGUGUCUUCAAGGAGUUAAAGUUACUUACACUGUGCAGUAUUUCAUCAGAUAUGGGCAAAAGAAAUGGCUGAAUAAAUCAGAAUGCAGAAAUAUCAAUAGAACCUACUGUGAUCUUUCUGCUGAAACUUCUGACUACGAACACCAGUAUUAUGCCAAAGUUAAGGCCAUUUGGGGAACAAACUGUUCCAAAUGGGCUGAAAGUGGACGGUUCUAUCCUUUUUUAGAAACACAAAUUGGCCCACCAGAGGUGGCACUGACUACAGCUGAGAAGUCCAUUUCUGUUGUUCUAACACCUCCAGAGAAGUGGAAGAGAAAUCCAGAAGACCUUCCUGUUUCCAUGCAACAAAUAUACUCCAAUCUGAAGUAUAAUGUGUCUGUAUCGAAUACUAAAUCAAAUAGAAUGUGGUCCCAGUGUGUGACCAACCACACGCUGGUGCUCACCUGGCUGGAGCCAAACACUCUUUACUGUGUCCACGUUGAGUCCUUCGUCCCAGGGCCCCCUCGCCGUGCUCAGCCUUCUGAGAAGCAGUGUGCCAGGACUUUGAAAGAUCAAUCAUCAGAGUUCAAAGCUAAAAUCAUCUUCUGGUAUGUUCUGCCCAUAUCCGUUACUGUGUUUCUUUUUUCUGUGAUGGGCUAUUCCAUCUACCGAUAUAUCCACGUUGGCAAAGAGAAACACCCAGCAAAUUUGAUUUUGAUUUAUGGAAAUGAAUUUGACAAAAGAUUCUUUGUGCCUGCUGAAAAAAUCGUGAUUAACUUUAUCACCCUCAACAUCUCGGAUGAUUCUAAAAUUUCUCAUCAGGAUAUGAGUUUACUGGGAAAAAGCAGUGAUGUAUCCAGCCUUAAUGAUCCUCAGCCCAGCGGGAACCUGAAGCCCCCUCAGGAGGAAGAGGAGGUGAAACAUUUAGGGUAUGCUUCGCAUUUGAUGGAAAUUUUUUGUGAUUCUGAAGAAAUCGCAGAAGGUACUUCCUUCACCCAGCAAGAGUCCCUCAGCAGAACAGUACCCCCGGAUAAAACAGUCAUUGAAUAUGAAUAUGAUGUCAGAACCACUGACAUUUGUGCAGGGCCUGAAGAGCAGGAGCUCAGGUUGCAGGAGGAGGUGUCCACACAAGGAACAUUAUUGGAGUCACAGGCAGCGUUGGCAAUCUUGGGCCGGCAAACAUUACAGUACUCAUACACCCCUCAGCUCCGAGACUUAGACCCCCUGACGCGGGAGCACACAGACUCAGAGGAGGGGCCAGAGGAAGAGCCAUCGACAACCCUGGUCGACUGGGACCCCCAAACUGGCAGGCUGUGUAUUCCUUCGCUGUCCAGCUUCGACCAGGACUCAGAGGGCUGCGAGCCUUCUGAGGGGGAUGGACUCGGGGAGGAGGGUCUUCUGUCUAGGCUCUGUGAGGAGCCGGCUCCAGACAAGCCACCAGGAGAAAAUGAAACCUAUCUCAUGCAAUUCAUGGAGGAAUGGGGGUUGUAUGUGCAGAUGGAAAACUGAUGCCAACACUUCCUUUUGCCAGACCCCUACUGUGCAGACAAGUGAUUCACCCCUUUGAUCCCAGCCAUAAAGUACCUGGGAUAAAAGAUUUUUCCAGUUUGUCAGUGUCUGUGAGAAUUACUUAUUCCUUUUCUCUGUUCUCAUAGCAUGUGUCUGAUUGGUUCAUGCACACAGGUCUCUUAACGAUGGUAGUGGGUGCCUAGAGUGCAGGGGCUGGCCGGUUGUUCUAUGCAGAGAAAGCAGUCAAUAAAUGUUUGCCAGACUGGGUGCAGAAUUUA